AUGAAACUGGCCCGGUCCUUGUGGGCAACGCUGCCAAAGUACAUGUCUCUGCGCCACGCCCCGUCGUUUCGUCAGUCGAAGCCAUGUGAGGUGAUUGGGGUGGCGACCAGACUUAUCCCUCCUGAGUGCGUUCCGGCGUUCGUCGUCUCAGAGGUGAUUGACGAUGUGGAGGAGCAGGCACUCCUCACCUUCACCGCGCCGUGGUUUUCCCGGCUUGCGUACAACGAUGGCCAUAUGGACUCGCUGAUUCACCACUUUAGGGAGUGUUAUCGCCCUUAUAGGGAAAUUGUGGGAAAUGCCGCGGGUGACGCCAACCACAGCGGCUGCGACGUGUUGGAUGAAGGAGUGAUGACGCUUGCCCGCAACGCGCUGCGGCGGUGCCGGAAGAUUGUCUCCGAGUAUCUUGUCAGCAUCACUCCUGGAUGA